GACUACGCAGCUCUACAUCAGCGAAAUCACAUGGAUUAUGUGUCAUCUAUCUGGGUUGUAGCUAUCACUUUUCUCUCCGUCGGUUACGGUGAUAUCGUACCGCAUACCAAUUGUGGACGAACAAUGGCUGUAAUCACUGGAAUCUUGGGAACCUGCGCCUCAUCGAUGGUCGUCGCUGUAGUGGCGAGGAAGCUGGAGUUGACCAGAGCCGAAAAGCAUGUGCAUAAUUUCAUGAUGGAUACACAGCUUACUAAACAGCUGAAGCACUCGGCAGCGAAUGUACUGAGAGAGACAUGGCUGAUCUACAAAUUCAGAAAGAAGGUGGAAAAAAUUGACUAUGCACGCAUUCGACAACAUCAGAGAAAAUUUCUUGUGGCUAUCUAUGAGUAA